AGCUCUGUUUUUUCCCUUUAAUCAAUGACUGUGCCCUGUCUCUCCUCGUCUCUCACACACAUUGUUUUUUCUUUCGACAUUUUCAGGUUUAAUGUUACCAAAGAAACGGAUUAGAUUAGAGAUUUUCAAAAUCUCUUUACCAAAAUUCCAUUCCCAAUACAAAAUUACACCAUAACCCACAUCCAUUAAUGUUUAUUUUCUAAUCUCCCUCUUUCUCUUUUUCAUUUCUUCUUUUCUUCUUCUUCUUCUUCUUCUUCUUCAUUCCCCCUUUUCCCUUUUUCUUCUUCUUGCCACUCAUUCUCUCCUUCUAGGGUUUUGAAAACCAAAUCAUACCCAAUCCCCACCAAUUUCAGCUAAUUACAUCAUUAAUUUUUCCUUCUUAAUUCUUCUCUCUUUUGGGUUCUGUAAAAAAAAAUCCCUUCUCUCUGAUCACCUCCUUCUCUGUACCCUUUGGGGUUAAUAAUUUUUCCCUUUUGAUUUCUGGGUUUUCAUUCUUUUUCCCUUUCUCUUAUGCUGGGUUGUUGUUGUUGUUAGGUUUCUUUUACCGGGGUUGUUGAUAGGGGGCGGUUCCUGUUGUUGUUUCUUGCUUUUCUUUUUGUGGGUUGUUCUUGUUGUUGAUCAUGGACUAGAAUGUGGAAGAUCUGAUUCUGUUUCUCACGAUUUUUGGGGGAUCCAUGUCUUGGUUUGCUCCCCUUUACCUUGAUCGAGUUUUAAUGGCGCCUUGUUAUUGACAUUUGUUCUUCCCUUCCUUGGCUGCAAGUAUAUUAGUUUUUUCUCAAAAUGCAUUUCGCGAAGCUUGAUGACUCUCCUAUGUUCCGCAAGCAGAUACAAUGCUUGGAGGAAAGUGCUGAAUUAUUGAGGGAGCGGAGUUUGAAGUUUUAUAAAGGAUGUCGAAAAUACACUGAAGGACUUGGUGAGGGAUAUGAUGGUGAUAUUGCCUUCGCAAGUUCCUUGGAAACUUUUGGGGGCGGGCAUAAUGACCCAAUCAGUGUUGCUUUUGGAGGACCUGUCAUGACCAAAUUUACAAUUGCUUUGAGGGAAAUUGGGACAUACAAGGAAGUUCUUCGUUCCCAGGUGGAGCAUAUGCUUAACGACAGAUUACUGCAGUUUGUCAACAUUGAUUUGCUUGAAGUCAAGGAAGCAAGGAAGCGUUUUGACAAGGCUAGUCUUCUCUAUGACCAGGCUCGUGAGAAAUUCCUGUCACUGAGAAAAGGGACUAAAAGUGACGUUGCUAGUCUUUUGGAAGAGGAACUUCAUAAUGCAAGAUCUGCAUUUGAGCAGGCGCGCUUUAGUCUAGUGACUGCUCUUUCUAAUGUUGAGGCCAAGAAAAGGUUUGAAUUUUUAGAGGCGGUCAGUGGGACAAUGGAUGCACAUCUUCGUUACUUCAAACAGGGAUAUGAAUUGUUGCAUCAAAUGGAGCCUUAUAUUAAUCAGGUGUUGACCUAUGCCCAGCAAUCGAGAGAAAGGUCCAACUAUGAGCAGGCUGCUCUUAGUGAACGGAUGCAAGAGUACAAGAGGCAGGUUGAUCGGGAGAGUAGGUGGUCAUCAAAUGGUUCUAAUGGUUCUCCUAAUGGAGAUGGUAUUCAAGCCAUUGGUAGAAGUUCACAUAAAAUGAUAGAGGAAGUCAUGCAAUCUGCUGCAAAAGGAAAGGUUCAAACCAUUCGACAAGGUUAUCUCUCAAAGCGUUCUUCAAACUUGAGAGGUGACUGGAAAAGAAGAUUUUUUGUUCUUGAUAGCCGGGGAUUGCUGUAUUAUUAUCGCAAGCAGUGUAGCAAAUCAUCUGCGUCUCUAUCACAACUAGGAGGUCAGAGGAAUAGUUCAGAGCUUGGUUCUGGCCUUUUGAGCCGCUGGCUUUCUUCCCAUUAUCAUGGUGGGGUGCAUGAUGAGAAAUCUGUAGCUCAUCAUACAGUAAACCUGCUCACUUCAACAAUCAAAGUUGAUGCAGACCAGUCUGAUCUUAGGUUCUGCUUUCGCAUCAUAUCACCAACCAAAAGUUAUACUUUGCAGGCAGAGAGUGCACUUGAUCAAAUGGAUUGGAUUGAAAAAAUAACUGGAGUUAUUGCUUCAUUACUAAGCUCUCAGGCUCCAGAGAGGUGUCUUGCGGGUAGUCCCAUGGGAAGUGGUCAUCACAGAUCUACUAGUGAGAGUAGUUCUUUUGAAAGUUCUGACUUUGAUCAGACUGCGGUUGAAGAAUACACAUCGGAAAGAAGCCUUAGUUCCUCUCAUAUGGACCGCCCUUCAAGAAAUUUGCAACAGCAACGAUCAGUGAUGAAAAUUGAGAAGCCAAUAGAUAUACUUCGUAGAGUAUGUGGGAAUGAUAAGUGCGCGGACUGUGGUGCUCCUGAACCUGACUGGGCAUCCUUGAAUCUUGGUGUUCUUGUUUGUAUUGAAUGUUCUGGUGUUCAUCGUAAUCUUGGUGUUCACAUAUCAAAGGUGAGAUCCCUUACAUUGGAUGUCAAAGUGUGGGAACCUUCAGUUAUCAGUUUGUUUCAAUCCCUUGGAAAUACAUUUGCGAACUCGGUUUGGGAGGAGAUGCUGCAAUCUAGAAGUGCCUUUCAGGUUGAUCUUGUUACGGCAGGCUUGUACAAGUCUGAUAAACAGAAUAUGCAUUUUAUCAGCAAACCUAGUCAUUCUGAUCCAAUAUCAGUGAAGGAGAAGUUCAUUCAUGCAAAGUAUGCAGAAAAGGCUUUCGUUCGGAAACCAAAGGAAAAUCAAUAUCCACAUUUAGUGGCGCAACAAAUAUGGGACGGUGUACGCUCAAAUGACAAAAAAGCCGUUUAUCGUCACAUCAUAAACUCGGAAGCCGAUGUAAAUGCUGUGUAUAAGCAAGUGCCAUGUGGCUCUUUAACUCUUGCUAAAGUAAUGUUAAUGCAGGAGCCAACUGGCCUUGAGCAACAUAAUUACAAAGCCAGUGAUUUUGUUGAGAGAUCAACAAGCUCUUCGAUCUCAGAAGGUACAAGUGAAGGCCAAGCUAUGGAGAGCCUAGAUGGCUGCACACUCCUACAUCUCGCUUGUGAAACUGGAGACAUUGGUAUGCUCGAGCUCCUUCUACAGUGUGGGGCAAAUGUUAAUGCCAUCGACUCUCGACGUCAAUCGGCACUCCAUCAUAGUAUCACUAAAGGAAGAACUGCACUUGCCAAAUUGCUUCUUUCCAGGGGAGCCGAUCCACGAGCAGUGAACGAAGAUGGUAAAACCCCUUUCGAGUUGGCAGUAGAAUUAAAACUUAAUGAUGCGGAGAUUCUUGCUAUACUAUCUGAUGCAAAUGGAUGAGAUUGUUGUGGAAAUUCAAGAAAAAAAGGAAGAAAUUUGAAGGCAUCAAGAUAUAAGUUAAAUGAAAUUUGUAAGAUAGAAUGUAUUUAUGACUUUGGAGAGGUGGGUGUUUUUUCUGUUCUUUUUCUUUUUCUUUCUUUUUUUUGGAAAAAAAAUCCGGUGGGAAGUAAAAUGGCAAGAGUGUUUUUGAGAGAGGGGUUAAAGAGAGUGGUAGGUCAGCUUGCCUGCCCUCCUGGGCAAUCUUUGCAAGUUAGUCCAACAGAGUUGUAUUAUUGUAAAAUAGCCCCAGUUUGGCUUUGGAGUUUUUGCUGUGGCCUGAUGAGUAGUCAGUCAAAUAGCAGCUUCAACUUUGAAGCCAAGCCAUAAAGGGCUAAUCCCUUUUGUUUCUUUUCUUUGGUUUUAUUCAGUUUGCUUCCAUUUCAUGGUGAAGCUUUUGAUGAUUAUUAUUAAUCUUUAGGGCGUUGUGUAUUUGUA